AUGACUUCGUUUACAGCUCCGAUAACAGCUGAUGGCAUUGAAGAUUCACGAAGAUUGGAAAUAGAAGGAAUACAACUUGCUGAAAAUGGAGAACACGACCAAGCGAUUGAGAAAUUCAAUGAGGCAAUCCAACGAUGUUCAGUGAAUCCCUCAGCCUUCAACAAUAGAGCACAGGCACUCCGCCUAGUAGGAAAAGUCGAUGACGCUCUAAAAGACUUAGAUCAAGCGAUUACACUCAGUAACGGUCACGGAAAAAGUGCAUGCCAGGCACUCGUACAGCGUGCUCUGAUACAUCGGCUCCGUGGAGAAAACGAAUCCUCCAGGAAUGACUUCCAAAAAGCUGCGGAACUAGGAUCGUCAUUCGCAAAGAUGCAGGUGGUCGCUCUCAAUCCUUAUGCAGCGAUGUGCAACAAAAUGCUUAGUGAGGUCUUUACGAAUCUCAAGGAAGGGAAAAAUGAGUACUAG